CACGGCGCUUAUAGCAUUCAAAACAGAUCAGUUGUGGAAUAGGCAACAUGGGGUCACAAGCGAUGUUUGGAUUGAGCUGCGUGCUCUUGCUUUGUGCUGCGGCUAGCGCACAAAAAACCUAUGACGGGCGCAAUGGUCCGCACGUAUUUGGAACACCUGGCCAGCAGGUAUAUAUACGCGGUCAAAAUGAAGGCAGCUACCAGGUGCCUGGUGUGGCUGGCACGUUCCAGAACACGCCCGGAAGUGGAUCGCACAGCUAUACCGACGAGCGGGGCAACACCUAUGUACAUAAUAAGAAUGGCGCCGGCCAGCCAGCUACCCACAGCAUAAGUGGACCGGACCUAGUGGCCCAGCGCAGACCGGCAGCUAAUGCAUAUCGUGGUCGCCGAGGCGUCGUAGUGAGCCGUCCGGAUCGCGUUGUCGCCAGCGGCGGUGGUCAAGUCUAUGUUGGCCGCAGUAGCCGGGACAUUCACGUUGCUCGCCCGGAUCGCACAGUCGACUAUGGCGGCCCUGGCGGUGACUUUGUUAUACAACGAGCCCGCCGCAGCCCCCAGUCUGGGCACGUGAGCCGUCCGGAUGGACGCUCUGUUAGCUAUGGCGAAGGCGGCUUCGUUGCCACUGGCAACGAUGGCCGCACUGUCGCCCACUCCCGUCAAAGACGCGCUCGCGUCCAAGGUGACAACUUUGUGGCACGCGAUGAUCAAGCUGGAGUCUGGAACGAUGGUGUCUCUGUUUGGAAGCGCCCGGAUGGACGCACAGUUAGCAUUGACAGAAAUGGCAACGUCAUCACCUCAGGCAGCCCCAAUGGACGUGGUCCACAACGCUAUUCCGGUUAAUCCUAGAUGGAGCGACAAUCGUACCCAAAAAUCGAAAUGUAUAAAGUAGGGAAGUAAUUAUUAUUGCUGAGUUAACUCCUAAAUGAAAUAAAUAAGUAGAAAACUAUA